AUGGAGACGGAGAAAUGGAAAAUGUUAAGGACCGAUUAUGGCAUUGAAGAGAAACAGAAAGAAAACGAUGAUCUGAUUUCAGCAUUCGACAAGGCAUUGCUCCAUUUACAGCAACAGCACGAGUUCCAAAAGCAAUUGGCUCAAUAUGAGUUUGGUGACCAGGUAUCAAUCAACAACAUGAUCCAAGCUUAUGGCGUGGGCACAGACAGCUUGUCGAUAUUACGAAAAGCAGUAGACUCGCUUCAGGCUCAGUUGAACUACAAUUUGUACCGCAGAGGGAGGCACGAUAUCUCCAAGCUCAGCUUAUGCGUAAACCUUUUGUUAGUCAACCACUUUACGUUGGGACUUGAAGCAGUCUUAUUUGACGACAACGAAUUCGACAUCGACAGCGACAAAGACUUGGAAAGAACGUAUUUCUAUCUCGGUUUGUUUGAUAGGGCUUCGUAUAAGCUAAUCCCACUGAGAGCAAAGAUGUUGACUCUCAUUGGCAACAGGAUCUCGGCUUAUAUAAGAAGCUACUCUUCUCAACUGAUAGACGUUCAAAUCUAUGCCAACGAGAUCAUCUUCUCUCGUGACAAGAAUUAUUCUGUCUUCCUUAAUGCCAUGGUUAGAAUUGUUUUAGAUACGCUCUUCUCCGGCAACCCAUUCCAUGACGAUGAUCAUGAUCACCACGGAGAUGCCAUUGACCCAACAGCUGAAGACUAUAGUAUCCUCAGAGUAUACGGCAAGCAAGCAAGAGGACAUUACCAAGUUGUGUAUGCAAUUUUGGCCAAAUGCCUCAAGGAAAACGUCUUCAACAAAUACAAGAUCACUAUCACCAAAACCAAUACUUCCCAGUACAUUCCGGUUAAUGUACGAAAGUAUGUGUUGGAAAUCGGAAACCAUGCUUUCUUGCAUGCUCUGCUCGAGGACACUACCAGUGGUUGGAUAGUGGUGAAGAAAAGAGAUACCGUGGGCACUCUACCUCUAUCAGCGUACUUACCUUAUACCGGUGAGAAAGCCAUAGAGGAAUGGUAUGAUGGAAGAGAAUCUUAUACCGACUAUUAUACUGAUGAUCGUGAUUUCUUCUACGAGAAUAGUGGAAUCAUUCCCAACCUGAUGAACAUUAAUACUGAUGUCUUUAGGUUGAUCCAAGGUGUGGUAGAAGCUUCUAGGGACGACGGUAUUGGCGGAUACUUUGAACCCGAAAGCUUGUGUGCCUUGUAUUUUGAUCCCCUUUUAAGUGUUCUUAAUAGUGGUAGGAUCAAGCCUCGUUAUAAGACGGCAUGUGAGAUUCUCUGUAAAUCACUGGAGGCAGAUAAGCGUAAAUUAAACUGGUCUCAGGCAAUAGGAAUAAAAGAUAAAAGUAAUGGUAUUCGACCUGUUGGUCAAAUAGUGGGGUCAACUUAUAAUUGGACUGUCGGUGUUGUUAUGGGAGAUAGGGGAAAUCGUGGCCAAUAUCUUAAUCUCUAUACCACCACUGGUGAAAUGGAAGUUGUGAUUGAAAAUUCCGAAAGUAUAUUAGGCAUUGAAUACCUUCUUCAAUCUGAACAUGAAAUUUUUCUACAUAUACUUGAAGUUGGUGGCAUUGAUGAGUUAGGAUUCCGUUAUUUCGAUUCCUUUGAAGUACUGAAUGAGACUACUUCGUUGGUACCAGGUAAAGUAGAAGAUAUUGUCAAUUUAGACCAAUUGAGCAUAUCAUAA